GCCAACCAAGUCCACACUCGAUAUCUGUAGAAGUUAAUCAUUAACGCACUCCCAACCUGCAAAAAGAAUAUUCCAUGAUAUCUUCUAUCGGAGAGCUGCUAAAAAGUUGAAAGUUUUGUUUAUCCAGAAUAAACCAAAAAAUGGCCUUAACCUUCAAUGGCGUAAUCCCACAAACAAGAGGCUUGAGCAAUAAUUCAUGGGGGUUGUUUGGGUCUCCUUCUAAGAAGCCUUCUCAAACUCGAUUUCCCACCUGGGUGGUUUCACGCCCAAAGACAAAGCCACGAUUUUCCCACGGCACUUCUUCUGUCUCUUCUUCCGCCGCCAAAACUGAUUCCACUCUGUCGGAUGUUGAGUACCGAGAAGCUCAGGACCACAAUAAUGGCUUCACUCCCACUUCCACUUCUACCACUGCAUGGUCGGAAUUUGCCAGAAAUGUUUCCGGCGAAUGGGAUGGCUUUGGAGCAGACUUCUCAAAGGCAGGCAACCCAAUUGAACUCCCAGAAUAUGUUGUGCCCGAGGCUUAUCGAGAGUGGGAAGUCAAGGUCUUCGAUUGGCAGACUCAGUGCCCUACACUUGCUCAACCAGAAGAGCCUGUUCUUAUGUACAAGUUGAUAAAGCUACUCCCUACAGUAGGAUGUGAAGCAGAUGCCGCUACAUGGUACAGCAUCGAUGAGAGGACCGUAGGAGGUCUUGACAACAGAGUCUCUGCCUUUGCAUACCAAUCAAGUGGAUGUUAUGUCGCGGUCUGGCCAAUGGAGGAAAAGGGUCCUCUUAAGUUGUUGGAGUUGGAGCAUUGCUUAAUCAAUCCUCAAGAUAGGGAGUCUCGGAUGAGGAUAGUUCAGGUGGUUCGGUUAGAGAAUGAGAAGAUUGUGUUGCAAGGUAUUAGAGUUUUUGUUGAGCAGUGGUAUGGACCAUUCAGGAACGGGGAUCAGCUCGGUGGUUGUUCUAUCCGUGAUUCUGCAUUUGCCUCCACGGCUGCCUUGAAAGCCUCUGAUGUGUUUGGCGUCUGGGAGGGUUUGAAUUCUGUUGCCAGUUUUGAUGGCUCUCAGGACUUUCUUCAACAACUUCAAAAUGGAACCAUUGUGAAGUCGGUAAGAGAUGAACGUGACAUCGUAUUGCUUCCCAAGCAAUUGUGGUGUUCAGUAAAAGAAUGUGAAGAUGGAGAAACUCGCUGCGAGGCAGGCUGGCUGUUAAGUCACAGCCAUGCCAUCACAUCAAAAUGCACCUUCUCAGGCAAAGCCACUUUGAAGGAAGUUUCAAUAGCUUCUGAAAGUGCAGUCUUGGAGAGUACUGUAUAGUAUAUAG